GGAGGCCCGCCGCUCUGCACGGCGCCGGCUCCGCCCCCGUCGGGUGUUUGUGGUGGGGCUGCGGAGUCGCCGGAUCCCGCCGGAAGCGCCAGGACAAUGGGGACCCGGGACGAUGAGUACGACUACCUAUUCAAAGUGGUGCUGAUCGGGGACUCAGGCGUGGGCAAGAGCAACCUCCUGUCCCGCUUCACCCGCAACGAGUUCAACUUAGAGAGCAAGAGCACCAUCGGCGUGGAGUUCGCCACCCGCAGCAUCCAGGUGGACGGCAAGACCAUCAAGGCGCAGAUAUGGGACACGGCCGGCCAGGAGCGCUACCGGGCCAUCACCUCGGCGUACUACCGCGGGGCGGUGGGCGCGCUGCUGGUCUACGACAUCGCCAAGCACCUGACCUACGAGAACGUGGAGCGCUGGCUGAAGGAGCUGCGCGACCACGCCGACAGCAACAUCGUCAUCAUGCUCGUGGGCAACAAGAGCGACCUGCGCCACCUGCGCGCCGUGCCCACCGACGAGGCCCGCGCCUUCGCGGAAAAGAACAGCCUGUCUUUCAUUGAGACCUCCGCCCUGGAUUCCACCAACGUGGAGGAAGCCUUCAAGAACAUUCUCACAGAAAUCUACCGUAUCGUGUCCCAGAAGCAGAUCGCGGACAGGGCCGCCCACGACGAGUCCCCGGGAAACAACGUGGUGGACAUCAGCGUGCCUCCCACCAGCGACGGACAGAAACCCACCAAGCUGCAGUGCUGUCAAAGCCUGUGACGGCCCGCACCCCGGAACCCCCCAGCCCUCCGGGCCGUGCCGCCCUCCCUUCCCCUCCCCAACCCCCCACAUCACCAGAGGGGGAACCACGCUCCCCUCACCGGCCCACGCCACCUUGGCAGAACUCCUGGGGAAACCCCACAGCCGCACUGAAGCCCCCCCCAACCCUCCAGCCCCCCCAACCAGGACUCCCCAACAAACACAGCCCAGAGGCAGGGCGCCCCAGGAGGGGGCACCAGACAGGCCAGGAGACACCCCCUCCCAAACCCACCUGUGUCUCCGUGGCCCCCUCCUCCCUCUGCACGCAGCGCGCUAUCCCCCCACCCCACCCCACCCCUAACCUGGCCCCCUCCCAAGGCGCCUGUCCGCCAAGCAAUAUCUCCAAGUUUUGUAUAUACGGAGCCUCUUCUCGUAACCUCUCUCGGUCUCUUUUUGGGUCCUUGGGAAAAAUCAGAAACACUCAAGGUUCUUUAUACACGUGGUCAGACUGCACACAAACACACCUAUCCCUUCCUGCCUUACUCCCUUCCUCCUCUUCUACCCCAGGGGGGGACCCCUGUUUAUCUGUCACCCACCCCAUCCUGACUGUGCCCCUCGGGUCCUGAAAUGUAGAAUUGAUUUCCUGGACAGGAA